UCUUCUAACCUUAGUUUAGACGCAUUCUACGGAGAUAUCGUGCUCUUCCGUACAUAUCGCGGAACAGAGAAAGAGAGGGAGGGGGAGAGAGAGAGAGAGAGAGAGAGAGAGAGAUACAUAGAGAUAGAGAAAGAUAGAGAAAGAUUAGAGAAAGAGAGAGACCGAGAAAGAGACAGAGAGAGAGACAGACAGAAAGAGAGAAACAGACAAAAAGAGAGAGAGAGAGAGAGAGAGAGAGAUACUCACAACACACAAAUACGAAUUACGUUCGUUAAUAGUACGAGUCUCUGUUCACAAGAAGAAGAAACAAGAGGUAAACGAGAAUCAAACGAGUACGAUAGAAACGUCGAACUUGUGGGGAAAAAAAAACGCAACAGGGUGACUUGUUCUUUUUUUUUUUUUUUUUUUCCCUUUUACCCCCCUUUUUUAUUUUCCCUACCUCUUCCACGCCAUAUUUCACGAGAGGAUAUUACGCGUAGAAGCACCGAGGAAGAAGAGAAAAGCAGUGUGACUCCAUCGUUGAGAAUGAAUAGCUGAGAUAUAGAAUCGUAGAAGUCCGAGAAGGAGCGAUGAGCGGUUCUCGGCUUGGAAGAGGCCGUGGUGGACGCCUGGCUGUGUACGGGGGUUGCGGGGUGGUGAUCAUAUUAUUGGUGUUUCUUUACCGCGCCGCCACCUCAGAGAUGGCCAGGCUACGUGAUCUUCAUAUCCAGUGCGUUCAUCAACACGAGUCACUUGCUGCACAACUUCAAGUGAUAUUCGAGUACAAGGUACGACUAGAAAAAUCUUUGGCCGAGGAGAAAAGUUCGAAUGCCGCUGUGAAACAGGAACUUCAGCAACGUGCCUCCCGAGAGAAAUCUUUGAGAGAUAAGGACAGUAUAGAGGCGAUGCAGAGAUUCAAUUCGCUUCAGCAGACCUAUAAGAUACUUCAGACCGAGCAUCAGGAUCUUCAGGAAGAGUAUAAGAAACGCGAGAAACAGGUAUUGGAGGAAACGAACAGGUUGGAAUCUACUCUUCAAGAUCUUCAUAGUCGUAUCAGACAGACGAACGAGGAUAAGGAGAAAAUUAUUGGGGAGAAGGAUAGAACAUUGGAAAAUUUUAAAAACAAAUAUUUGGAAUUGGAUACGGAGAAGACUAAGUUGGAGGAAAAGUACAAUGAUUUGAUGAAGAGUACUGGUAACACCGAUAGUACGAUCGAACAUUUGAGAAAGGAGGUCAUACAACUUAAACGAGAAUUGGACAAUGAAAAGAAACGAUGCAAAUCAACAUUAUCGGAGACAAGUCUGAUUAGUCCUAAACAGUCGCUGCCAGGUGAACAAAAUAUGCCGGAUAAUACGGCGAUAGAUCCAACACAGGAAGAACGUCAACAGCCACAGCAACAACAACAACAACAACAACAACAACAAAAUGUACAGAUCAUUGUCUCGUCGAGCUCGAUGAAAACGAUACCAGUAUUGAAAUUGGACACCAGCACGAAAUCUAACAGCAUAAUCGAUUCCGUGUCUUCUAACAAAGCUGUUAAAAUCGCUUCGAAGGUGAAAAUUCCACCUGGUGUAUUACCAAUUUUAAUGAUAAUGGAUCAAAAUGCCGAGAAGAUCGAGAAGGAGAAGAUCAAUGAAAAAUUAUUAAAGAACGACGAAUCCGUCGUUCAGAAUAUAGCUUUGAAGAAGAAGGAAGUUAUAUCGGAAGUAAAUAAUAAGGAAAAAGAGAAUGAAGUUAACGAUAAUGAUAACGAUAAUGAUAACGAUAACGAUAACAUAGAUCCACCGUAUAAAAGUUUGUCUGGGAAUAAACAUGGCGUUGAUCAGAUUGUUGGUGGUAGACGACAAAAUGGCAAUUGGUUUAAAGUGAAACCGGGCGUACAGGAAUUUGGCGAGGAACCCAAUCCGAUCGAUCGAUUGCCUGGAUUGGAAAGCGUCGUUGACAGACAAUUUGGUGCAGGUGAGGAACAGUACGUUGGUGCGGAAUACGAACCUCAAGCUCAAAAAAUAGAAGAUUUGCGUUUGGCUGAAGGCGAAGAGGAAGAAGACGAGGAUGAUCCCGAGGAUGCUAUAUGAACGAGGAGAUGUAAACGACGAACGAGGCUAAUUUUUUUACGAGACAAAUCGUAAUCUUAAUCGUCUUUCAUGAUAAAUCAUCCCUCGUGCUAUACACUGCGAGAUAUUUUUCGUAUAUAUAUUUUUCUAAUUUUUUUUUAAAAUGUUUUUUUCUUUCUUUCUCAUUAUCAACUUUACGAAGACGACGAUGACGAAAGAAACAUACGAUGAGAUUGAAGGAUAACGCAACAAUAGUUCGUUAAUGAUUCUCGUUAAAAAAAAAAAAGAAAGUUGAGAUACUACAAUAUCUCGACUUUAUACGGAAAUCGUCAAGUAGCCUAACUUUCGAGUGUUUAGAUUUUUUCUUUUAUUCGCCUUUUUAAACAUUAUCCAUCUAUCUUCCCAAUUGUCUUCGUACUUCCUUUUUUUUUUUUUUUUUUUUUUAACAGCCGCGCUCUAUAAUAUUUACGAAAAGAAGAAGGAAAAGAAAGAAAAAAAAAAGAAAAAGAAGUAUCGAAGCGAGCGAAUCGUUCUUUUUAAGAGAAAAUUUAUACGUCGCCUAUAUGUAUAUAUAUAUAUACAUAUAUAUAUAUAUAUAUAUAUAUGUGUACAGCGAUUCGAUUGCGAAAUUUUUUUCAAAUGAGAUUAUCGAGAUUGAUAGAGGAAACAGACUGUAUUUUUUUAGGAUUAAUACAAAAGAAAUAAUUAACAAAAAAAAAAAAAAGAAAAGAAAAGAAACAAGCAAACAAAUAUAUAUAUAUAUAUAUAUAUAUAUAUAUAUAUAUAUAUAUAA